CCGGGGCGUGUUUCCCUCUGCCAGCUUUUGCGGCAGGCACGCCCCUAUGCCGCUUAGCGUGGAGGAGCUGGAAGCUGCCGUGCAGAAGGUCUUGUCCGCUGAGGACAGCCAACAGAGUGUUUUGUGUUUGUCGCCUGUUCUUGAAACGCUGCGGGACCAACAAAAUCUGGCGGCGUCCUUUCUGCCCGGUUUGACCACUGCUGGCACAUCACGGGACUACUUGAGAGUGACGUCUUCUUUCGAGUCGCUCGUGAGAAAGGGCAGCUCUCGGUGGUCCUCGGUGCUUGCAGACCAGCUGCGCGCCGCUGCCGCUGAGGUGAUGCCAGCGAUGCCAAGGCGCCCAUUUGCACGGUCGGAUUUCUCAGACUCGGAGGCGAACCUGAAAUGGGAGGCUUUCGCUCAGGGCCCGGUGCCAGUCUUUCCUGACGAAGGGGACCUGCACGAAGCCUCAGACAAAGUGUCUUCGCCCGCAACGGGAAGUACAGAGGAGCCCAAAGACUCCGUUGAUGUCGAUAUGGAAGAGAUUGACGAGGAACUUUCUUCACCAUGCAUUGCGUGGCUCUCCGCCCUUCUGUCGGCUUUGUUGCCCCUUCUGACCAAUGCCCUGCCACGGGACCAGAACGAGGUGUGCAUCAUACCGCACCCGCAUAAGAUGGAGCAACAAGAAGCCGGAGAAGAUACUCUCUACAUGCACGGCACCACUGGCCGCCGGCCGGUCUUCAAUACCAAGAAGAUCUGCGACAACUGCGGCACCCGUAUAACCGAUCGCCACUAUUAUCACUGUUCUGAGAAUUGUGACAUCGACUUUUGCCAGGACUGCCACACCAGGACGGCAGAGUUGCUGGAGGCGUUCAUGGCGGAAGUCGACGAGGACAACGGCGAGCAUUUGUCCAAGCGAUUGUUCUGGGUGAUUGACAUCACCGAGCGGAUAGGAUGGCACGUCCUUCACUCGAGCGUUGCGGAUCGCCACAGGCUGGCAAAUGAGCUGGCCUUCGAGUGGCCAACCGCAUUGUUCGAGAAGCUCUCACAGGCUGCCAUCGAUGUGGUGAAUGCCCGAGUUGUCCAUGUCCAGGAUGUGAAAGACAUCCAGUCUGACGAGAGGUUCUGGUAUGCAGUCGGUUGGCUUCAAUUCCUGUACAAGGCCAACGAGCUGCCGUGCAAGACCAGGAGAUUGGAAGAGCAGAGCAGUCGCGGUCCAAAGGUUGACUACGAUCGCUUCAUUUUAGAAGGCAUCAACAAGUGCGAGCCCCUUUCGGAGUUUCAACGCUGGCGGAAACAUCCGAGCGCCAAAGUGCCAAACGUCCUGGACAUCCUGCACUUCCAACUCUCUGACGAUUUCUGCUCGUUCCUGACUCACAGCAACCUGGUACCCUUGAACUUUCGAAGGGUAUGUUUGCUCUGUGACGUUUGGGAGCACAUGCAGAACGGACGCAUUGUGCCGCUGCAUCUGGAGGUUCCACGUGAGCCCAAAAGUCUGGUGCAAGCAGUGGUGGAGCGCUUCGGCAGAUGUCCCAGCCAAGCGGAUUUGCGCCAACCGCUGCGGAUUUGUUUCCAGGGUGAGGAGGCUGGCGGACCUGGAGUCACUCGCGAGUUUUUCCAGGUUGCCAUGCGCAGCUUUCUGGAUGGCGAGUUUGAGGGUGAAAAGCUGUUCUCGUACGACGAGCAGUACUGGUUCAACGAGGAAGCGUUGAACUGCGGACAGUGCUUCCAGGCUUAUGGCAUCCUUCUGGGGCAGGCGGUGUUAAACAACACCCAUGUGCCCAACAUCUUCCCUAGAGCUCUCUACGAUCGACUUUUGGAGGAGCUGGAAUCGCCGUGUGCAAGGAAGCUGAGGCUAGAGGACAUCGGCGCGGUGUGUCCAGUCACUGCGAAGAGCCUCCGACAGAUCUUGGAGUACUCUGGAGAGGACAUCGCAGAGGUCUUUGGAGAUUUGGGCUGGCCGCGUGGGAGACAGCUACCUGCUGACCUCCACAUCUCGCAAGCCAACAAGGCCGAUUUCGUGCAGGCGUACAUUGACUGGUUCUUCCACGAUCGAAUAGCUGCCCAGUUGAACCCGCUGUGCGAGGGGUUUAAGUCCAUCCUUGGUGGCUCGUUUUUGCUGCGAACCAUCGUGGAUGCGGUGCAGCUGGAGAAGAUCGUGUGCGGCGGUGCGGAGAAAGUGGACGUGGACGCCAUUCGGUCUGGUGCCGAGAUCGAGGGCUGGACGCCUGAGGAGGAGUCUGACUAUCUUCCAUGGUUCUGGGAGGCGCUGGCCAGUUUCAGCGCAGCUGAAAUGGCUCAGUUCGUGGUCUUCGUGACAGCCAGUGAUCGGGUUCCUCUUCGAGGGUGGCAAGCUUUAGGUCUCAUUGUGCAAAAGAACGGCGUGGGAGAUGACCGCUUGCCAUCAGCGUACACCUGCUUUAGUCAGCUCCUCCUGCCGCGCUUCUCCUCCAAAGAGAAGCUGCGCAGCGGCUUGCUGACGGCCAUUGCGAACAGCGAGGGGUUUGGUCUUCGAUGAGAGGCUUUGCGGCGGAUGACAAGGAUGACAGCCAUGACAGCCUUCCAGGAUUCAUGGCAGAGUUCAGCUAAGCCUGACCUCAAGAACGGAACA